AUGAGGAGACAGGCGAAGAAAGACCCAAAACAGAAGAGCAUAAACUCGUUCUUCUUUAAAGCUGCAAAGAGUAAAUCUUUGAUUGUUAACAGCAGUUCCAGGAGCCAGGCCCAUAGUACUUUACCUUCAUCACAAGGGAGCAGCAGAUCAGAUGGUACAAGUUUUGGCAGUGGACGUGUUAUGAAACAGCGGAGUACAUUGACUAAGAGCAACUUAUUUACGUUUCAAGGAUCCUUUAAUGAUGAGGAUUGUAAUCCACAGAACGAAUUUCGCAAAUUGAUGAAUCCACAGGAGAUUAACAAUUUUAAGACCCCAAGUCUCUCUAGAAUGCCAAGUUUCACUAGAUCAAACUCAUCGAUGUCUUUAUCGCCAGUUAAGCGUACUACAACAGUCCUAUCAAGUGAUGAUGAGUUUAGAGAAGUUACUACUUUCCAGUCCCAAGAUGCUAAGAGACAACUAUCCUUCACGAGCUCUGUGGAUACCUCUGCCAUGCGGCAGCAUAAUAAUCUAAUCAAUACAAAUAAUGACUUGGCCAAUUUCUCUGGUCUUAAAUUUAGAAAAUUGAAAGCACCUAAUCAAAACAGCAACAAGAAGUCCACUUCAUCUCCUUAUGGGAAACCGUUAAUAUCAUUAACUAAAGAGCAACAGACUGUGGUUGACUACGUAGUUAAAAAAAACAUGAAUGUUUUCUACACAGGUAGUGCAGGUACCGGUAAAUCAGUUAUUCUGAGGACAAUUAUAGACAAACUUAGUUCAAUGUAUGGAAAAGAAUCUAUUGCUAUUACCGCAUCUACAGGUCUUGCUGCAAAUACUAUUGGGGGAUCUACACUGCAUAAAUGGUCAUCAUGCGGCAUUGGUAAUAAAUCAGUAGACCACCUAGUGAGACAAAUAAGAAGAUAUCACGACCAGUAUGCCAUCUGGAGGCAUACCAAAGUUCUAAUUAUUGAUGAAAUUUCCAUGUUGGAUGGUCAUUAUUUGGACAAAUUAGAAGCUGUCGCAAAACAAUUACGGAAUAAUGAUAGACCAUUUGGUGGUAUUCAAUUAGUUUUAACAGGUGAUUUCUUCCAAUUACCACCUGUGUCCAAGAAAGAUGACGAUAAAAAUGUAGUUUUCUGUUUUGACAGUAAGAUGUGGAAGAAAUGUAUCCAGAAGACCAUCCUUUUGACAAAAGUCUUUAGACAACAGGAUAAUGAGCUUGUUGAUAUACUUAACGCCAUUAGGUAUGGUGAAUUACAAAACGACAUGAUCAAAAGAAUCAAGUCCUUAGGAAGAGAUGUUUACUAUCCAGAUGGCAUAUCCCCAACUGAGUUAUUUCCUACCAGAAGGGAAGUUGAUAUAUCCAACUCGCGCCAGUUAGAAGCUUUACCAGGAGAGGCAAAAAUCUAUGAGAGUGUGGAUGUUGCUCCACCUAGCUACCAAAACAUGCUAGACAACUCAGUUAUGGCCGAAAAGAAACUAACUCUAAAAGAAGAUGCCCAGGUGAUGAUGCUUAAGAAUAAGCCAGAGUCUGAGCUGUUUAACGGUACAUUGGGAAGAGUUUUGUUCUUUUCAACAGAAAAGCUGAUUAGAAGAAUGAAAGAGCUUUACGGUAGCUCACCACUUGAUGAAGAUUUAAUAACCGACAUGAGGUUGGUUAGCAGAGUAAUUGCUCGGCCUGACAUAGCCAGCAGUGAGAGAUUCAUGAAAGAAGUGAAUAUGAGGCCCAUGGAAAGGUUUCACAAGUUACAGACAAUGAUAAAUGACGCUGUGACGACCUCCAUCAAAGAACAAGUAUUCCCAUAUGUAAAAUGGUCCCUCAACCACGGCAGAUACAACUACGAAUUAAUGCUACCUGAGAGAUUUCCUGUCGAUAUACCAGGUGAUAAACUUGGUCUCGAGCGUAACCAAUUACCUCUGAUGCUCUGCUGGGCAUUGUCCAUACACAAAGCCCAGGGACAAACUAUACAACGUUUAAGAGUCGACUUGAAGAAUAUUUUCGAAUCAGGCCAAGUAUAUGUGGCGCUUUCCAGAGCAAUAUCAAUGGACUCCCUACAAGUUCUGAACUUUAACCCCAAGAAGAUAAGCAUUGAUCCCAAAGUUAAAGAGUUCUACCGUCAAUUGGAAAUUCUUGACACUUGA